UGGCAAAGUUGACUCACAGUCGGUAACAGGACACCAGUGAGAGCCGGAGAGCCGAGUCCUCAGAUCCGUGCGAGCUGGAGAAACACCCUCGAACACGGAGCAGAACACUCGGCGGCAUUAAUAAGACUAAAAACUAAAAAGCUUUUAACGGAGCAGUGAAGGAAUAGACUUCCCAGUAGACAUGGCGUUUUGCCUGAGACUGGUUGUACUUCUUUUUCUCGUUGCUGGGACAUUAGGACAAGAUGGAUUUGACCUUGCGGAUGCCCUUGGUGAUCUAGAUCCACCAACUGUAAAACCUAAGGAGCAACCAAAGCCCCCGGAGAAAUCUGAUGACAAGACAGCAACUGUGAAGCCAAAGCAACCAAGUUCUGGUGAUACUGGUGGCCUCGGAUUUGAUCUGGGUGAUGCAGUCGGCCCAGACACCGAGCCCAAACCUGACAAACCUGCUGUCAAGCCACCAACAAAUACAGGAGGCGGUGGAUCGUUUAGUGACUCCGACUUGUCGGAUAUCGGUGGAGGUGGGGAGUACAAGCCCGAUGGAGGCAGCUCAGGAGGCCGUCCAGAGGACCCGGGCUCCGAUUCUUACGGCGGUGCCGAUCAACCUCAAGAAGCUGGAUCUGGAACGAUUGCAGGAAUUGUCAGCACCAUAGGAGUCGCUCUGGCCGGGGUAGCAGGCAGUUACUUUGCUUACCAGAAGAAAAAGCUCUGCUUCAAGCUGCAGGGAGGUGUGGAUCCUGAAAGUGGUAAAGCCGGGGCGGGCACUCACUCUGAACCUCAAGUACUCAGCAACCUGCUCAGCACAAACUAGACGGCGUCUUUUCAAAGCACAAGACAAAGGGGAUCUCUACAACAACACAGAAGUUUAUUCAACUCUCAGUCUCCUGAUCCACAAUGUGAGAUCUUCUCUGCAUCAUUCUGCAGCCGGAUUAGUUAAAACUAUAAAAAAGCUGAAGCCUAACUGACAACUGUCCAACUCAUAAUAGUCACGCACCAUUUAUUGCUCCAUUCACUUUGAACAAAACCUCACUCCUGGUUGUUGUAUAGAGCGAAGUGAGGAUUUCAUCAUGUAUAUUUGCACGGAGCUCUGUGUCCAUAUGCUUUGGCUGAGUGUGAGUCCGGUACCAGCUUUCUUUCUUUUCAUCAUUUUAACACUGUAAGCGUGUGUAGUUUAACAAAGUUGCUACGUGGAUGGGGCAUGCUGAGGUGGACAUCUUUUUUCCUAUGGUCCUACAUUGUAGUAUUAGACUCACUCAGUUGGCAUCAAAGAAGGAUUGAACAAACCUUUAAUUGUAUUUGUUUGGCUCAGAAUAUAUAUUCACUUCUACUCUUUCAUCUAGCUGUUUUUUUUUUUCAGCGUAAGCUCCUAUCAAAGCAACUCAACUCUCUCUGCAGAACUUUCAAAAUAAAGGCCUACCAAUAACUAGAUCUGUUGAGGGUAAGGCUUUAAUGUGAAAUAGCAUUCCUCAGGAAAGGCCUAUUUUAAUUGACAGCUAUUUAAAUUAGAGUUAAAUCAACAGCGCACAGGGCGAUAACAAGAUAAUUAAUCAGCUGAUUAUUAAUAAUAUAUUCUAUUUUUUGAUAUUCAUUGUCUUUACUGAUCCACAUGGAUGAUUUAAGUGGCACUUCACUGCUGUGGAAAUAUAAACUACAAUUGUUUUUUCAAAAUUUGCCUGGCUGUUUGAAUAAAACUUUUCAGAUAGUUUCCCCAGCUAAAAGUUAAGUUGAAAACAAAUGUCGCGAAAUUCAGCAUACACAACACAAGUAAGCUAUAUCGAAGAUGUAAACUACCUAAGUCAGAGUAUGUGUUAUCAUCCAUGACAUCCUUUUUAUAAUAAACCAUUUUUUGUGACUCUGUGUGAGCACCACGGCUUCCCCAUCUCCUGAUCUCAUCGACUGCUGGUGCCGGCUUGUGAGGUCUUUUAUUUAGUUUUAUUCUUUCAUAGCUGCACUGACAAAUUUUUGCUGGUUACAAACGCCCUUGUGUUAAAGUGAGACAACUAACAUGGUUAUAUUUUUGUUAUUCUAAUUUAAGACUCGAUUUUUUGACUUUAUUUUUGCAUGCAAAGCAGCAUUACAAGCAUUACUCUAAAGGUUAUGAUGCCAAACAAUACAAUGAAUUGCAUCCUUGUUGAGCUGUAAAUACUUGAGAAUAAUGUGUAUAGAUAUCCGCUUACUUUUGCUUUAGGCUGCGUGCUGCAGUGUGCUUUGAGCAUUUCAAUAUCAAAAUGAGCAUGAGUUCACUCUGAAGUGUUUUUUUUAGUAUUUUUGUUGCAACUUUUACAAGCAGAAACUUGAUUCAGUUUUUAUGUCAUCCGAUGGGAUAAAUGUUUCUUUUUGAGUGGAUUUAACGUGUGUGUACAUGUUUUCAAUAAAGUGCUGUUGUGUACAGUU